GCGGGCGGAGCUGGGGCGGCCAUGGCGGGCGGCCAGGCCGGAGCAGCGCGAUCCCGAUCGCUGUUCCUGUGGGAUGACGGGCAUCCUAUGCGGUUCUACCUGCGGCCCGGCCUGGCCAAGCUGCGCCUGGCGCCCCUAGUGCUGGCGGGCGGCGGGCGCCUGUGUCGGGUGCAGGAGCCAGGGGCCGUGCUCCUGGCGCAGCCCGGCGAGGUGGCUCCCGACGGGGCCGUCUCAACCGAGUACGUGGCGGAGUGCGUGAAGCGCAACCAGCGGCUGCCGCUGGAGCCCUUCCUACUGACAGCCCGCGGCCGCCUGGCCUUCACGGAGGCGGAGGAUGCGGCGCUGCUCCAGGCGGUGCGCGGCCAGGGCAUGGUGCGGGUGAGCGGCCGUGCGCUGUGGAUAGAGCUGGAGCGGAGCGGCCUGACGCGGCACAGCUGGCAGGCCAUGCGUGACCGCUACCUGCGGCACCUGCUGCCGCGGCUCUGGGAGCCCCCGCAGACGGAGGAUCCCACGCAGAUCAGGGGUCUGUUCGCGGCAGCUAAUCGGGAGUUCGAAAGCACGGAGUCAGAAAGUGACUCUUCAGAUGUUGCAGAACUUUCCACACAAGAUGGAGUGAGAAGGUCCCCAGGAGAAACAGCAUCUGAGCUGAAAACUGGGCCAGAGGACUCUGCUUUCCCUGACAUUCAGUUACAAAGGCAAGAAAGACCACAAAGCACUUGUUCUUCUUCCAAUGUGGUGGGACAGGUAAUAAAAACUAUGGAGCACUUCAUGGAGAAGUUUGCUGUGGACCUGCACACUGUUACACAGGCCUUUCUGAAAAACAGUGGUGACGUGGAAGCUACUUCAUACUUUCUGCAGACAGGGCAGCGCUUGGAUGGGUACCCUGUAUGGAGCAGAGAGGACGAUUUAGAAUUGCAAAAGGAUGAUGAACAGGUCAGAAAUAAAUUGAUAGCCAAAUUUGGAGCUGAAAAUGUAGCAAAGCGGAUAGUGUUUAGAGAGAGUUAACAAGAGGACCUUACUGAUCCAGAACAGUUGCAUAAGUGUAAUAGUCAUUUCAGAAACACAGUGGAAUAUUUGAUCGAGUUCUGAAGUUUCAGAAAUGCUUUAAAUUUUUUUGUAUUAAAAGGCCUGUUUUGCAUCUCUGCAGAUCUAAGAUGCAGCUGCUUUAAUCAAAGGAAUGCUUGUACCAAGCCGUAUAUUCUACUUGGGAAAAAUACACCAGCUUUCAGGGCUAUGUGUAAUAGUUGAAAUAGGAAAUUAAAGUUAAGAGGGAAUUAUCAGAGGUUAUGUAUCUAUCACCUAAGCUGCAUUUGAGAGAGAACACUAUUACUAGGAUAAAGUCGUAAUCUGAAAAACUCAGUACUUUUAGCCUGAAAUUGUGCUCUGGUUACUUAUUUUAAUAUUAUUUGAAGUGAGUCUUAAAAAUCUGGAAUUCACUCUUUUGGUGAAAUAAAAUGGGCUGGCAAAGGCGAAGUCUGGUUUUUGGGGUUUUUUUAACCUCUCCAAACAGUUAACAUUUUGGGGUUUUAGCAUAUUGCUAAAAAUCUGGAAUUCACUCUUUUGGUGAAAUAAAAUGGGCUGGCAAAGGCAAA